AUGUGUCCAUUUCCCAAAUGUGGGAAGAAAGCUGAAAUCAUAUACCCCUUUACUAGGAGAAAUUCACAAUCGUCCCAAUCAAGCAGAACUUCAGCUAUUUCUAACUUGAUGGGUGAAAAGUUUGUUCUGAAUUCACUGGUCAUACUAGAAGAUCCGAUGGAGAAAGUAGUCAAGAAUGCACUUAUUCAAGAAACUGAAAUCGGUACAUAUGCCAAAUGUUCUAAAAAAAUCACCUUAGGUUUCCCUAAAGAUACCGUCUUCUUGUCCUGUAAACAUGCUGUACACUUUAAUUGCAUUGACAAUUCAAACAAGAGGUGUCCUACCUGUCCAGUAAAUUUGCAAUUAAUUCUGACCACACAAAGAAGGCGAACUAGUAACUCUUUCACUGAAAAGACCUCAAGAAAAAAGGCCAAACCUUUAGGAAGAGAUAAUUCACCCAUAUUAAAACGCCUUAUUCAGGAACUAUUAACAAAUGAUUCUGAAGAUGAUAUCUCAUUACAAUAG